UUUAAUAAAUAGAAACUCUUAUACGGGAAGUGCUGGAAUGCAAUGGAUUUGUAUAGCCUUUAUUGAACAAGUUUACUGCUUUACAGGUCUUCCUCAAGGAAGGACGCCGCUUGAGGAGAAGCCAAUAUCGGAGGACCCAUGAAGACUUCGAUUCUUAGUUGGCUCCAUCAUUAUGACUAUGAACUGACAGUGAUCGUCUUGAUUACUUCCUUCUUUUAUCUGCAUACUAUGCUCUUCGCUUAUUAUAGCACACCCAAACCCUACCCAGGUACAUAAAUUAGCUUCCUUUAUUGCUUUUUCUAAUUUUGGUUUUUGGAUUGAUGGGUUGCUGCAUUUUUCUCUUUCUGGGUCUUAUUUUUAUUGAUCCUGGAUUAAUGUAUGAUUCAUUUUUUUCCCCUGUUUUUCUAGUUUUCGUUUUGAACAUUAUUGCUGGUAUUUAGUGGCUGUCUGGCUGCUUUAGUAAAACAAAAUUGGUAUGAUAUUUUUGUCCUGAUAAAAAAGUUGAGUUUUUUAUGGUUCAGAUUUUAUAUUCGGUAGAUAUUGAGCUUUCUUCUCUGAAGUUGUUAAGAGUUGCAAUCGAACUUAAUUAACAAAAUAUCUUAUUCACAGUGUCCUGAAAUAAAUUAAGGAGAAAAGGUCCACUUUAUGAUAACUGAAAGGUACUUUUAUCGUUUUGUAGCCCAUUAGUCUAAUCUCAACGGUAUUUUAAGUAUAAAUCAUUGCCAAGUAUAAUUUAAUCACAGGCAAGCCACUCUGGAAUUUGAUAGGGAGAUGCUUCUUUCUUUAGUUUCUUAAACUCUUGUGUUUUAUUAGUAAUGGAGACAAAAUCACCAGCCAGGAAUCUAGCACUUUUGCUUCCUUUAAACAGUCAUGGCCAUAGCUGUAGAAGAAAUGAAGAGAAAAACAAAGGACGGCUUGGUGGAAGGAAAGUAGUGCAAGCGGGGUAACUGGCAAGUCUUUCACUGAAAUCCAGGGAAAAGUACGUAAUAUUUCUUAUAUCAUGGCAUAUCAUAGUCCUUUCUAACUGAUUCUGUAAUCUUACACACCUAAGUGACUUGGUAACAAGUACCAAUGCAUUUGGCAUCGCCUGGCCAGUUGUCAGGGAAAAGACCUCCACACUUCCUAUGAAUUACAAGUCUUCUGCACUUGCGUUUUGGGUGUAGCUCCUCAAGAUCUCCUUUGGAACACAAAUAUUGCUCCAUCUAAGCUACUGCAUUUUCCUUCUUGAAAGGGCUUCUGGGUCUCAGAUUGAAGAAACUUCUGCCCUUGUUAUCUGUGAGUUAUGGAUUAUUUGUUCUUCACCUUCUCAAGAUUUGUAUCUGUGAUUGUUUUUCAUGGGGACUGUUGAUUCGUAAUUUUGUAAUCUGUGGUAGACCAUACUGAUAUAUGCUCUUCACUUGAUAGCAGAAUUAAGGCUGGUGCUCUCUUGUUAAACCGUUAAUUGUUCAAGAGUUCUCCAUAAAUGCCCUAGAAUUUUUGGUUCCUUUUGUUUCAAUAGUUCUUAUAUAUUAAGUAGUAAUACUCUUUUUUUAUAAACAUCAAAGGAGAAGAGGCAAAUUCCUGAGUAAUGGACGAGAAGGGAGUUGUUUCUGGAUCACAUGUGGUUGUCUCAAAAGAGAAAGGUGAUAGCUUGUACCCAAUGUAUUUUGGGGUCUCUUGUGCUUUCUUUGCACUUAGACUGUUGUCCAGACAUGAUGCAGAAGAUGAGAAACGGUCUGAGUUGUGUGAUAAGAUGGUUCAAGUAAGUGCCCAACUCUUGGGAUUGCUUUUGUGGAAAGUACAGCGAGAAGAAGCAAAUGGGGGGAAUUGCGAGCUUAUCCAUAGGCUGAAAACUUCUGAGAAAGAGAUUGCAGAGUUAAAAAAGAUGAGGCAUGAGGAUGCAAAGGCGAAUGAGAAAGUUGUUGGUAUUUUUGCAUGUCAGGAGCAAAGCUGGUUGAAUGAAAGAAAGAAGCUCAGACAGCAUAUUGGAGCUCUUAUCAAUGAAUUGCGGAUUCUUGAGAAGAAAAAGAAGGUUGAAGCUGUAAAUGAAUCAAAUGAAAAAUUGAAGAAGAUGGAGGCUGUGUUGCAAUCUAAGGAUAAGUUAUUGGAGGAAGAGGAGCAGAAGAGGAAGGAGUUAGAAGAGAAGCUAUCAAAUGCUGAAAGUGAUGCUGAAGAAACGGCUGAAACCGCAAAGCGCCGAGCUCAAGAGCAUUCUACUGAAAUUCGGAAGCACAAAACUGCUUUCAUUGAACUUGUGUCGAACCAUCGACAACUUGAAGCUGAAUUGGGGCGAGCACAUAGGCAAGUUGAAGGCACAAAGCAAGAGCUCAAUUUAGUCUUAGAGCAGAAGAAGGAGUCUGUCUUGUUGGCUUCGAAACUAUCCAUGGAUCUUGUAAAGAUGCGUAACGAAUUGGAGCAGAAAGACAAGAUCCUGUCAGCAAUGCUUAGGAAAUUCAAGUUGGAUACAGCAGAGAAGCAGAUGCUUUUGAAAGAGGUUAAAUCAUUGAAGGCUAAGAAGAAGCAAAUUGAACAAGAAACGGAGAGGUGGAAGACAGUGUCUGAGUCUAAACAGGAGCGGCAUUCAUUAAGAAGCAUGUUUGCCAAUCAAGCAAGUUCGAGAUUAGAUGACCAGAGCGCAGGAGGUGCAUCACAUAUCGGAAAGUCCAGAUCACAGCAAGUUGAUUAUGUUAUUGAGCAUGAGCAUCAUGAGGUCAGAAAAGACCCAGAGUUCUUUUCUUCCCUCUAUGACCUUUAUUCACCUGCGGGAAAAGAUGAACUGGCUGGAUCUAGUGUCAAGCAGUUAGAACGGUGGGUUUGCUUGGAGGCAGAGAAAUAUGCGACUGCAAUUGAUAAGAAGCAUCACCUAGAAAUCGAUGCUUUUGUAGAACAAAUGAGGCUUAAAGAUGGGAAACUAGAAGAUUUUCGUUGGCGGUUUGUGGGCAUGGAAAUAGAAUCAAAGAGGUUGCACUCCCUUGUUGAAGGACUGAACCGUGAUAUGUCACAGCUCAGACAUGACAACAAGAAAUUGGAAGCCUUGUUAUUGGACCGGGAAGAAGAAUUAAAUUCUUUGAAGCAGCAAUUUGCAUCACAACUAGAACCUCAAAGUUGCCAGAAACCCAAAUUGAAUGCACCUCUAAAUGAUCCUGGAUUAAUCCAUGAUGCUGUUUGGUCAAAAGUGAAGAUUGUAAAGAGAAAUUCAAUGGAAAUAAAUCAUGAGACAGAAACAAGUUUGACAAUAAUAUCUCCGGAGAGAGUUAACGAAAAGGAAGAAGAAAUUUCAAGUAAUCAUCCUGAAAAUCUUCCUUCAACAGUUCAAUCUCCUGAAAGAGGGUCCGAAGAGGAAAACGGUGCUGGUAAUAGUAUUCAUACUAGAGAGGAAAGUAUGAGCUCGGUGGAAGUCGAUAAUGUGGAGUCGUCUUCAUCAUCUAUCCAUCUCUUAACUAAGAACGGCAACUCGCAGUUGAGCAUGGAUCUUCUUGCUCUUGGAGUUUCAUGCAAAAUAAAGAGGCUAAUGCAGCAACUUCUUAUGCUUGAGAGGGUAAUAGGAAAGCAAGGAAGUGAGGAAGAUAUAGAAAGCUCUGAUAAUGGACAAUGUGGGAUAAAGAGAUUCCAAGUGUUAAUGUCUUUGCUCAAUAAGCAAAUUACUAGGUACCAGUCCCUCCAAGGGAAAACUGAUGAUCUUUGCAAACGGACGCAUGCGAACGAGUUGGAGACAAGUCAAGCAGGUUCUACCACUUCGAAAACUAAGGGAAAAUUCAAGACACUUGAACAUUAUCUUGAGGAAACAUUUCAGCUGCAGAGAUAUAUGGUUGCAACGGGGCAGAAGUUGAUGGUAAUUCUACCCAAGAUUGCUUCUGAAUUUGUUGGUAUUGCAGAAGAGAUUGAGAAACCUGGUAGCUUCAACAUGAAGCGCUUUGCUGACAGUGUAAGAACCCUUUUCCAGGAAGUCCAAAGAGGUCUUGAAGUUCGGAUAUCACGACUUAUAGGAGAUCUCGAAGGGACUUUGGCUCGUGAAGGGAUGAUACAUAUGAGGAGGAGAUAGUAGUAGGAAAAGAAAACGACUUUGUUUCUUUUCAUGCUGACUUCUUGAGUUUAAAUUUUGUAUAGUCAAGUGGUUUUUCUUGUAAAUUUUUUUUACAAUAUUUCUCUAAUAAAUCUUCUCCUCUACAGUA